AUGCAUAUUCGUAUGUAUGCUAUAAAGGCAAUACACCUUGAAAUCGUGAGCGACCUAUCAUCCGACGGCUUUCUCGCGUCACUACGACGAUUUGUAGCCAGACGAGAUUUACCAGCCAACGUCUAUUCAAACAACGGGACAAAUUUCGUAGGCGCUAAUAACCAAUUAAAGGAGAUAUACGCCUUGUCGAAUUCAGACGAACAUAAAAAUCACGUACAGAGAUUCGCAAGCGAACACCAUAUUAACUGGCAUUUUAUAUCGCCAGCAGCACCACAUUUCGGUGGUUUGUGGGAAUCGACAGUUAAAUUAUUCAAACAUCAUUUCCGACGCGUUGUGGGAGAUUCGCUAUUUACCAUCGAAGAAUUAAAUACAUUUACUAUCGAGGUUGAGGGCGUCUUAAAUUUCAGACCCAUUACUACCCUUUCUUCUGAUCCGAACGACAUGUGCGUAUUAACACAAGCUCACUACUUGACCGGCAAGCCGCUAACGACCCUUCCGGAGGGCGACUUAUCAUCUGUUCCAGCCAAUCGAUUAUCAGUUUGGCAACAUAUCACAAAGGUGCGACAAGAUUUCUGGGCUCGUUGGAAUCUUGAAUAUCUGAACGAGCUAUAA